CUCGCGCGGUUCCGUGCUACGCGUCAAGAACCUCCAUUGUUGUGUUUUCGUUUCGUAGUGCCAUGCAAUUAUCGUCAUACAUCCGAUUUCUGGCAUAUACAGGCUUGCAGAAAACGAAUCCCGGACGUUCCGAAUGAGACGGAGAACCACGCUAUUAUUCGACGAAGAAGAUGAAAUAUAUUGGAGCACUCGACGUCGGUACCACAACAGUGCGGUUUCACAUACUCGACGAACACGCGGCCACUGUCGCCCACUCCGUCGAAAAGGUCCGGUUAUUGUUCCCGAAACCAGGAUACGUGGAGAUAGAUCCUGAUGAACUAUGGAGGGCUAUCGUGAAAGUAAUCAAAACGACCGUGGACGCGAGCGGAAUAAAACCGGAAUCGAUCGCCUGCCUCGGAAUAUCUUCCCAGCGGGGUAGCUUCACGACAUGGAACAUGAAAGACGGAAGGCACUAUCAUAAUUUUAUAACUUGGAAAGAUCUACGCGCUGACGGCAUGGUCAAGGAAUGGAAUUCGUCUAUCACAAUGAAGGGACUACGCCUAGGAUCGCAAAUAUUAUACACCGUGUCCAGGCGAAAGCGAUACUUGGCCGCUAGCGUUUUUAAGUUUAUGAACACGCAGAUAUCUUUGAGACUAUUAUGGGCGUUGCAACACGUGCCGGGUUUACAGGAGGCAGCGAACAGCGGAAACGCGGUUUUCGGAGGCGUUGAUUGCUGGCUUUUGUAUAAACUCACUGGAAGACACGUGACGGAUAUCUCGAGCGCAUCGGCGACAGGACUGUUCGAUCCGUUCACGUUGAGCUGGUCAAGCGUGAUCAUAAACAUGCUCAAGCUUCCGUACAAUAUCUUCCCGGAAGUGGUGGACACGGCCGGCGAUUUUGGCGUGACGCCGAAAGAAAUUUUCGGUAUCGAGAUUCCGAUUGUUUGCUCGAUAGCAGAUCAGUCCGCUUCGAUGUUUGGUUCAGGAUGCACGCAGCCAGGGGAAUUGAAGAUCACGAUGGGUACGGGGACGUUCGUUAACGUGAACACGGGAACAAAAGCUCACGCUUCGGUUACAGGUUUGUACCCUUUGAUCGCGUGGCGUAUUCGCGAUGAAUUGGUGUAUCUGGUAGAGGGUGCAUCAAAUGAUACUGGCGUAUUGAUCGAAUGGGCAAAUAAAAUUGGUAUUAUUAACGAUCCCGAUGAAUCCUCGAGUUUAGCAAGCGCUUUAGAUGACUCCGAUGGAGUGUACUUCGUGCCUGCAUUCAGUGGAUUGCAAGCUCCUAUAAAUGAUUAUUCCGCAGCCACUGGGUUCAUAGGCAUAAAACCGACGACAGAGAAAAAUCACAUCGUUCGUUCGCUGUUGGAAAGCAUCGUCUACCGGAUAUUACUACUUUAUGAAUCUCUGUGCGUGGAAACGGCUUUCACGUAUCAGAAAAUACGUGUCGACGGUGGAGUGUCUAAAAAUAACUUUGUGCUACAGUUGCUGGCCGAUCUGACGGGCCUCGAAGUGGAACGAGCAACGAGUACAGAAAUGUCUAUUUUGGGAGUAACGUUUCUCGCUGGUUUACAAUGCGAUAUUUGGAAGAAUCGGGAAGAAGUCUUGAGACUUCGUAAAACGGAAACGGUAUUCGUAUCGAAUGCAGAGAAUAGAUCUCGAUACCAACCGAUAAUUGCUCAAUGGCGACGGGCGGUACAACGACUCGGGCAGUGGUAUUAGAAUGAACAUGAAAUUCGUAUAAAAAAAAAAGUACC